UGUGUCUGGUAUGUUUUGACAGCCAUGCUUGUUGCGCAAGUGUUUGUUGUAAAAUUGUAAAUAAACAUUAGAUCAUCGAUACCUGAAAAUAAUUCUAGUACCAAGUACUGCAGCAUGUGGCGGCAGUGUAAAUUGUUGUUAACGAGAAAUACAAAAUUGAAACAAAAUUAGAAACUUUUAUUUUAAUGGCGAGGCUUAAUUUCGGUGUACACAUCAUAGUUAUAUUAUGUGUCGUUCAAUUAUCAUGGAGCGAUUAUAGUUUUAGACCUGACUGGGAAGAACCUGAUGCAUUCUCUCAGAAAAAAACAUUACAAUCCGGGAAACCAUCCCAUCUCAACGUAGAUGAUACGCACAAAUGUCAAGCGUGUACAAACGCAAAAGAUGACAAUCUGACGUUGCUGUACCAAAAACUAGUAAAAUAUUUGCUGAAGCGUAAAAGUAUGAAGUUCGAAGAAUCAUCACGGACCUAUUACCGAAGUUUGCAUCUUCACGUCAGUGAGGAACAAAUGAAUCGUUUCGAUAAAAUGACCGACGUUCAUGACAUGGAUCAACUGAUCGCCGAGGUGUUGCAUCAGUCCAGAAGCGGAACAUAUGAACUGUUCAAGGAAAUGUAUCUGACGUGGAAAGAUGUGUUCCUAGGGUACUGGCAACUGGUUAUGUCAUCCAGACAGUUUGUUAUUGGAAUUCAAUUCGCUGGUUUCGUUCUGAUUUGGUUUGCCAGUAGGAGGUUCAGAUUUAGUUUCUCCGUGGUUGGAACAUUCUUUGUGCUGUUCUAUCUGUACAGCUUUUUGGAUUCUGAAUGUCAUCGGAAGAAAGAAAUUGAAAGAACGGCUCAGAUGAUUGGAAUGAAGGAUAACCCGUGCAAUACAACGUCUUUUUGGAGCUACUAUUUUGGGAAUCAAAAUGAAGAAUGUAAAAAGUAUCUGGAUAAUUCGUACGACGUUUCCUGUACAUUGAUUGAUGUCUACGAAGAAUUCAUCAACAUUUUCGUCUACAAGCAAAUGUGGAACCUCAUUGACAAUAGUGUAGCGAAUAUCCUCAAGGUCUAUGCAACACACGGAAUCAUCGGUGGUAUAAUGGUCACCGUGAUAUGCGUCUACUUAUUCAACAACUACAUUACCUUGGUCGUCAACUCAGUUUUCCACUAUCUCUUUUCAAUGCGUGGAAGUGGACAUCGAUCAGUUAAUAGCAUACGGCAACCGAAUAACACCGGUGCUGGAGACACAAUAAGCACAGAAGUUCUAAAUAAAAUUCUAGAUAUUACGCGAGACCAAACCAAAUUGAAUGCACUACAUCUAACCAGACUGACGUCUAAUUCUGGUGUGCAGCCGAUCGACAUUGUAGAUGGGAAUGAAAGCGCUGAGGGCGAAACGGUAAUCGAAUCAGAAACGGAAUGUGUGCAGCUGGCCGCAACGGCUUUUGUUUCAACGGAUUCGGCCGAUUCGAAAGAUAAAUCGGACGAAUCGAUUCAGGACCUGCAACAGUGACUAAGUUAAAAGUUGAGAAUUUGUAUUUAUUUUGAGUGUUGUUAAUGAAAUGCUUCGGCGGAAUUUCUAUUUUUAUAAAUUUGAUCUUUCACU